CACAGCUCAGCUCCCAGCUCCCCACCGGGAGCUGAAAUCCCAGCGCCGAUCGCCGCAGGGUGUCUAAGUUUUCCACCAGGGACGGAGGACGCCCCCGGGAUGGCCACGUCCACGGAUCUCCUGUGGCUGCUGCUGCCCCUGCUGCUCCCAGGCCAGCCCCAGGCAGGAGCCGGGGCCCCCAUGGAAGCCGUGGUGUGCGCCGGGACCGCUUGCUACACGGCCCACUGGGGCAAGCUGAGCGCCUCCGAGGCCCAGCAGAACUGCAGCUCCAACGGGGGCAACCUGGCCACGGUGAAGAGCGAGGAGGAGGCCCGGCACAUCCAACAGGCCCUGGCACAGCUGCUGAGAGCCGAGGCGCCCCUGGCAAUGAGGACGGGCAAGUUCUGGAUUGGGCUGCAGCGGGAGAAGGGCACGUGCUUGGACCCCGACGUGCCGCUCAAGGGCUUCAGCUGGGUGGGCGGCGGGGACGACACACUCUACACCAAUUGGCACAAGGAGGUCAAGAGCUCCUGCAUCUCCAGGCGCUGUGUGUCCCUGAUGGUGGAUCUGUGGCAGCCGCCCCUGGCCAGCCGCCUCCCCAGGUGGUCCGAGAGCCCCUGUGGGACCCCUGGCUCUCCUGCCAGCAACAUCGAGGGCUACGUGUGUAAGUUCAGCUUCCAAGGUAUGUGCCAGUCUCUGGCACUGGGGGGCCCCGGCCACGUGAACUACAUCACCCCCUUCCAGGCCAGCAGCUCUGCCCUGGACCUUGUGCCCUUCGGCUCUGUGGCCAAUGUGGUCUGUGGCAGCGGGGACGAGACCCAGAGCCAUUACCUCUUGUGCAAAGAGAAGGGCCCCCAAGUGUUCGAGUGGGACAAAGCGGGCCCCCUCUGCGUGAACCCCAAGUACGGGUGCAGCUUCAACAAUGGGGGCUGCCAGCAGGAGUGCUUAGAAGGGGGCGACGGAUCCUUCCUCUGCGGCUGCCGCCGGGGGUUCAUGCUCCUAGACGAUUUAGUGAGCUGCGCCUCCCGGAACCCCUGCAGCUCUAAUCCCUGCACUGGGAAAGCCACGUGUGUCCCUGGGCCCGACGGGAGAAGCUACACCUGCCGCUGCCUCUCGGGCUACCGCCUGGACUCGACUCAGCUGGGCUGCGUGGAUGUGGACGAGUGUCAGGAGUCGCCCUGCGCCCAGGAAUGUGUCAACACCCUCGGGAGCUUCCGCUGCGAGUGCUGGGUGGGCUACGAGCCUUCUGGCGCCGGGGAAGAGGCGUCCUGCCUCGACGUGGAUGAGUGUGCUCCCGGCCGCUCCCCCUGUGCCCAGGGCUGCACCAACACCGACGGCUCCUUCCACUGCUCCUGCGAGGAUGGCUACAUCCUGGCCGGAGAGGACAGCACCCAGUGCCAGGACGUGGAUGAGUGUGCCAUCCCCGGGGGCAGCCCCUGUGACAGCCUGUGCUUCAACACACUGGGCUCCUUCCGCUGUGGCUGCCUGCCAGGCAGGCAGCUGGCCGCCGAUGGGGUCUCCUGCAUCAUGGACUUGGCGUCCCCAGGACCGUCAUCUGGGCCUCCCCAGGAGACGCAUGAAGAAAACAGCGAGGGGAGUACCGUGCCUCCUGCCACAGUGUCCAGCACCACCAGAGGCCCUGAGGGCACCUCUCAGGCAGCCUCCAAAGCAAGGGAACCUCCCCUCCUCCCACCCGGGGACCCCACCACUUCUGCUGCAAGGGAGAUGCUGGCCUCCGGUGAGCCCCCUGGUGUCUGGACGGAGCCUGGCACUCAGCAGACCACAGGGGCAGCUGGCCAUGGCAUGGCUGCAGGUGGGGACACAGUGGCCACUCAAAGCGACAAUGGGGCCGACGGGCAGAAGCUGCUCCUGUUCUACAUCCUAGGCACAGUGGUGGCCAUCUCCCUCCUGCUGGCUCUGGCUCUGGGGCUACUGGUCUACCGCAAGCGGAGAGCCAAGAGGGAGGAGAAGAAGGAGAAGAAGCCCCAAAGUGCGGCCGACAGUUACUCCUGGGUGCCGGAGAGAGCUGAGAGCAGAGCCACAGAAAAUCAAUACAGUCCCACGCCUGGGACGGACUGCUGAAGGUGAGAUGGCCCCAGGGACCGAUUAAAGCUCAGCGGCCUCCAACCUCAGAGCUUUCAUUCCCAGUUGGAGCGGGAGGACCAGGGUCCCUUGGAGAGACUGGACUGGAAUCAGCUGUGACCCUUCUCCUGAGAAGUCUGGCAGCUUGGAGUGUACAGGUGCUGUCUCAUGUGUACGGUGUUCCCGAAUCAGAAGCUGCGUGUGGACAUGGGAAUUCUGUGCACGUUAGCCGUUCUCUCUCCCCUCUCCCUGUUCAAGGUCAAGUGUGGCAGAUUUCAUGUCCCCCCCCCCCCCCAAAUAGAGAUCAGUACACUGGGAAUCAAGUGCUAUGGGCUCUUUGAAUAGUUUCUCUGCUCCCUUCAACCAUGGGAGAGGGAACGACAAUGCUUCAUGCCUGGUGCCAAAUAGAAUUGAGACAUUUGUUCCUCUUGUAUAAUACAGCCUUAUUAUUUUGAUCAGAAGCCCCUUUUUUGGUGAAUAUUUCUUUCUCUUUCUAUCGAUGCCUUUGCUGAUCACAGGUCCUGCCCAGUUCCUGUUGAAGCCCUCCAUAAUCAGCAGAAAUAUCAUUACCUGCUUAGGCAGCCAGGAGGCACCAAGGGUCACAGACCGUCUCCCAGCUCUGAGGUUUCUAAUAGCCUUGGAUUUCUUUUGCAAGCGAGGCUGGACCAAUCUGGGAAAAGCUGCUUGGGGUGAAUGGCAGGUGAUCAUGGAAUCACAUCUCCCAAACGGGGAGAGAGAGAGAGACAGAGAGAGAGAGAGAGAGAGAGAGAGAGAGAGAGAGCGAGCGCAAGGCCCUGAUUCAUUCGAUGUCCUGUGGCUGACACACACUGGAAUGCAGUGACACAGACACUUAAGGAAAGAAGGCCAAGGGCACCCCCGCCCCCACUUCACAGCGCUCUGCGUGCACAGAGGAAGCCUGAGAAGUCUUUUGUUCUGACUGUUUUCUAAAGGAUGUGUGAGGGAGCUGACACGUCGCGUUGUGAUAUCAGUCAUCUUAAAGCACAGUUCACUGUCAACGGCGUGCCCUGAGAACUUGACUCCUGAUUUGUGAGUGUGGCUUAGGGCCAAGUUGGGGACUGGUCACUCAGGGUUUCUGUCUUUUCCUUAAAAAAGGAGCGGGAAGGAAAGGGAAUAAAUGCAAUCUUUUGGGAUUGCUGUUUUAAAUUACAUACUCAUUUUAACGUGUACAUUUGUAAAGAUUCCCCCCUUAAAACACUGUGGGUACCAGCGGCUGUCUCUGGCUGCAGAACUGGACCUGGGACACUGGCAAGCAUCCCCCUGGGGGGUUGGCUGGAUACAACUGGGAGGCCUUAGGUCUCCUGGGAGCCCUUUGCUACCACUGUACAGGGAAUAGCCAGACGUCUCCUUCUAGGACUUCCAAAACCUGCCAGUCAUAGCCGGGGUGCCUGGUUGUUUUCUGGCUUAGCUUCGGAUAUGUAUCUCCCCUGAGAGGUCACCACCGUGGGGCCAGCUUUGACAUGUAGAUACUCUACAAUAUAGACAUUUUCCAGGAGGAAAAUGGAAAACUUGGGUUGGGGAGGGGAGGGGAGGGUGUAGGAUUAAACAAAAGAGAAGGAAGCUGUGUGGGGCUCAGCAGGGUGUUUGGAAUCUCUGCUUUUUCUAGGUAGUCUCCCUGGUUUCAAGGUGGGACUCCAUCCUUUAACACAGAUCCUCACUGGGACCCUAAUGGUCCUGUGGGACUCUGCAAUCUGUUGAGAUUGGUGGCAGGUUGAGUGGAGACCGCCAUCACCUGGCCGUGGGCUGCUUUCAACGACAUGGCAGUAUUUGCGCUUUGGGGCAGUAAGAGCAGGUGCAGUGGUUCUACCUCUAGGUCCUUACAGCUCUGCCCUCAAGCGCUGCGGGUGAGGGAGGCUGUGUAGGCUUUCCAGAGCUUCUUCAUGGUCUGGAGCCAGCUCCUGUGAGCCUGUAUCCACCUGCACCCCUCUUGGUUCCUGUUACUUCUCGGUGUUGGUUUCUCACACAGCCCAGACCCUUUCCUGGUCUCUGUUCCAGUUCUUGUUGACAGCUCGCAGCUCGAUCUCCAAGUCCAGGGAGACCACGGAUCCCCUCUGUGGGACCCAUACACAGGGAAAAUGAAUGAUAAGGAAUUCAGGCUCCCCAAAUGCCCUCUUUCUCAUAGUUGGCUCCUUCCCAUAGUGCUCAUGGCCACUGCCUGUGAGUAGCCAAUAUACUGGAGUAGACACCCUUCAGCCGUGAUUAGGUUGGAAGCCACCAGUCUGAAGCAAUGCUUUGUUGUCCCAUUAUGUAUGCUGGUACCUUGCUCCCAGCCUUAGCUCACGGAGCCUGGAGGCCCCAGCAAUGAAAAACAAAUGUCCACUGGCCAAACAAGCAGCAUCAUUUGCCCAGAGGGUCCAGCAGGAGAAUCAAGGGGACAGCUGUGAAACAAACCAGGGUGCUGGAGACAGGGAGAAGUCUCCACUCGGCAAUGUCUCCAAGACAACGGAGACUGUUUUGUCCAGAUAGAAUUCUCUGUAGCUCACAAAUUCUGGGAGAUUUUUGGAGAAACAAGACUCAGGACAAAUUCCCCUGCCCCAUCUGCCACCUUCCAAAGCAGGUAACUCUGAGGUGGUGGUGGGAGUGGGGGUGGGGCAUCCUCACCGCGCAGCUCACAGCAGCCCUCACUGCUGAGUCAGUCUCCUGUUUGUUAUCAGACAAGGAGGAUGCAGGGGACAAUUUUCUGCGGAAUCUGAGGAGCAUGGAAAACCAAGGGCUGUGCCAGCACCCAAGAGGGACUCGGGGGCAUCCCUUGAAGCGGGAACCCCCGACCUUCUCAGCAGAGGGGCUUCAAGGCAAACACAACCAUGUUUGGUUUCCGCCGGUUAUCACUGUUGUAGUAUCCUGGGGCUACACAUGCGCACAUCACCUGUGUGAGCGACAGGGCCUUGCUGGAGUGUACAGGCUAAGGCCUGGAAGCAGACAGCAGUCCCGGUCAACCUCCGAAAGCCUCUUGCUUAGUAGCAACCUCAAAUACCCUUUGGGAAGACCCAUUCUAAUUCUUUCUCAUGGUCAGGCAGCAGUGCACUGAGUAUGCUUCUAUAACGGGCACAGUAAAGUGACUUGGAAUUUCAUUUCUCCUCCCUGAAAGCUGCUAUUCUCUUUUAAGUUCUCCUGGUGAGUUAAGUUGGAGUCUGUUAAACUCAAUAACUUGGGGUGAGCAUUUGGCUUAGUGGUUCCCCACUGGAGUCCUUGGGAUUGACACCCAGCACCAACUCCUAACUCCAGCUUCCUGCCAAUGCACACACUGGGAGACACUGAUGAUGAUUCAAGUAACUGAGUCCCUGCUGCCCACACGAGAGACCUGGGUGGAAUUCCUGGCUCCCAGCUUUGGUCUGGCCCCACCAUGGCUUGUUGUAAGCAUUUGAGGGAAUAAAUCAGCAGUAGAUAGGAUCUCUCUCUCUCUCUCUCUCUCUCUC